UGUACGGGACAAUAAGGGGUGGGACAAAGCUGUGUAGACUAGCCUACUUUAAAAUCUGUAAUCUAGCCUUUAGAUCAGAACUAAUAGACAACAACAACAAAAGCAUCAUACUUACUGGGAGUGGACUUGCAGAGAGCUUUCGCUUGUGAGAUUCUCACAGCGGAAAGAGUCUGGUCAGGUUCCAAACCGACGACGAUGUAGUCGGUUUAUCAGCGCAGAUUUGGACCGAGAUGAGAUAGCCUACAGACCAUUUUUUCUCGUCUUGCCAGGACACCGCCCUUUUUUAUAUUUCACUUCUGCCACAUGUAGGCUAGGGUAGGCCUAUCACUUGUUGUUAAACAAGUGGUCAGUUUUCAUUUUUGGAGCAAAGAGGAAGAACUGCGGACCAGAAACGGCGGGUUGUUUGUCACCGAAGCAGGAAAGGAUAUGAACAUCUGCAAUUGAGCCGUUUAAACGAAACUUAAAACCAUUUACUCCACUCUUGAAAUGGAGCCAGUUGUAUUGUAAAUCUUCUACUUUUGACUUGAACUACUUUGGAGACACUUUGCUAACUUUGACAUGGGAGGUGCGUCUGUCAAGUUAAGAGAGAUGGAAAGCUCUUCUCUACUGACAGUGGUGCUAGUUGGGGCGUUUCUGUGGACCUCUGCUAUUCAUGCAGAUUCCAAAGACGAUGCAAUGCUUCUAUGUACAUGCGAGAAUGGCAAAGGCACAUGCAUGAAUGGAACUUGCAAAGGAUACAUCUGCUUCUACACCUGGCUUCACGGCACUGGGGAGAGGGGCUGUUUCGACAGAGUUAACUACAGGGAGCACUGCUCCAGCAAAGUGGAACACAUGUUUAUGCAUUGCUGCAGAGAGAAUCUGUGCAACGCCUUCACCACUCCCCCACCAAACAUUAAUGGAGAGCCGACAACAACGCCCCCAGAGCUCAGUCGCCCAGAGCUGUGGAUUACGUUGUCUUUGCUGCUGUUAAUCACAACUGUCAGCAUGUGUGGUCUGGUGCUGUUCCUGCGCUUCCGACGUACACAUGGCAGAUUGAGAAAUGAUGUCCAUGGUGACCAGGAUGCCACCAUGCUCAAGGUUCCUGAUGGAGAUGACCCCACAUAUGGCGACAUCUUUGAUGAGUUUUGUACAUCAGGGAGUGGGACAGGGUUGCCCUAUCUGGUCCAAAGGACUAUGGCCAGACAAAUCUCACUUGUCCACUGUGUCGGUAAAGGCAGGUAUGGGGAGGUGUGGAGGGGAACUUGGAUGGGGGAGAGUGUGGCUGUCAAGAUCUUUUCCUCUAGGGACGAGCAAUCCUGGUUCAGAGAGACAGAGAUCUACAAUACUGUACAGCUGCGACAUGACAACAUACUAGGUUUCAUAGCCUCCGACAUGACAUCCAAGAAUUCUAGCACCCAGCUGUGGCUCGUCACCCACUUUCAUGAGCUGGGUUCGCUCUACGACUUCCUGCAGUGCAACAGCUUGGAGCCUGAGAGCUGCCUCAAGAUGUGCCUGUCUGUGGCUUGUGGCCUGGUCCAUCUUCACACUGAGAUUGUCAGCUCCCAGGAAAAGCCAGCUAUUGCCCACCGAGACCUGAAAAGCCGAAACAUCCUGGUAAAGCGGAACGGACAGUGCUGCAUUGCUGACCUAGGUUUGGCUGUGAUACACUCUCAGUCUCAUGACUACAUUGAUGUGGGCAACAACCCUCGAGUGGGGACAAAGCGCUACAUGGCCCCUGAAGUGCUGGAUGAGACUAUUCGUAUGGACGUCUUUGAGUCCUACAAGCAGACUGACAUCUGGGCCUUGGGCCUGGUCUUCUGGGAAAUUUGCCGCAGGACCAUUGUUAAUGGAAUCGUGGAAGAGUACUGCCCACCCUUUUUUGACAUGGUGCCCUUAGAUCCCAGCUUUGAGGAGAUGAAGAAGGUGGUGUGUGUGGACCAGCAAAAGCCCAGUCUGCACAACAGACUCCAUUCCCAUCCCAUUCUGUCGGCCAUUGCGAAGAUCAUGAAGGAGUGUUGGUACCAGAGCCCACCAGCCCGCCUCACAGCCCUGCGAGUGAGGAAAACACUCUCCAAACUGGACCAUGACAGUGACUUCAGCAUUGAGAAACUCAAGCAGGACAUCUAGACCAGAGCAACAGGAUGAAAUGGGGACAAACAAUUGAAAACGCCAGAAGGGAUUAUGCACCACAUUCCAACAGCACAAGGUGCAAAUCAUUAGCAUAUUUUGAGCUCAUGGCUCACAUAGUCACUAUUAUUAUUCUAUUAAAACCAUAUGACUUGGAGCAGUGGUGUCUAGAAGACGUAGCCUAAUUUUUAUCUGCCGUAUUUCUGGUUCCCAACCGAAAGGCCCCAAAAAGAAAACUAUGAAGAUCAAGUUAUAUUUCUUUAUGUUCAGCUGAUUAAAUAAAUUUGCAAAGCAGAAUAAAUAAAACCAAAGAAUGUUAGCCUGUUCUACACACACAGGGUUUUAUUCAUAAUAGUCUGAAUCGUCAUGACAGAAAGGAAAAUCUGGCAUUGCACAAUUACUCAGCAUCUUAUCGAGAAGAGGAGGAGGAUGGAAUUCUGGACUUUCUCUCAUAUACAGGAAAAUUUCACAAAUGGGUUUUUCCAAAAAUUACCAAAGAAAACUCUUUGGUGUUUUUUUUUUACUAUGAAUACAGGAAAUAUGUAAGUAAUAACAUGUUCAUACCAAAGCACAUUACCUGUUGUGUAAGCAUAUUUAACUUAUAUAAAAUGAGCCUUCAUUAUCUGCACAUAGACACAUUGAGGUAUUUAGUUGUACAUAUUUUAACAACAUUGAAACUGUUGUCAUAUAUCACCAUUGGAUUUAUUGUAAAUAUAUUUUGUAUAGGGGUAUUUUUUUCAAUUAUUCAACAAUGAGACACAUUUUAUAUUAAAAAAAAAAAUAUGACACAACAUUUUUUAAGUAUUGUCUUACAUUUCUGUAGGCCAAUAAUGUACCAUCACCAUUACUAUGGUCAGUAAAGGAAUUCACAAACAGACAUGUAAUAUUUUAUAUGUUGAAUAAAGGAUUGUAUUUUUGAACAGUU